AUGGCGGAAGAAGAAUCAGAAAAGAGGUUUCACGCGAUUAUGGACAAGCUCUUUCACUCUCCUACCAAAUCCAUAACCAAAUCAACACCAUCAUCAUCAACACCGUCGUCAUCUGCAUCGACGAGAAUGUCAGGGGUCGAAUUGACGAGAGGCAAAAAACGCCACAAUAUGUCAUCGGCAUUAGCAGUUAUGGAACCAAAAGCAAAACGGUUUGUGGUAGAGGAGUUGCCAAAUAAUUCAUCUGGUUCCAGUGGGUCAGUCCAAGCUCCGCCGUGUAGACCAUGGGACCGUGGUGAUUUACUGAAGAGGUUGGCUUCGUUCAAGUCUAUGACUUGGUUUGCUAAACCCCAGGUAGUGAGUGCAGUAAAUUGUGCUAGGAGAGGAUGGAUUAAUGUUGAGAUGGAUAUCAUUGCUUGUGAAGCAUGUGGGGCGCGUCUCCUCUUUUCUACUCCAUCUUCUUGGACACAGCAACAAGUUGAAAAAGCAGCAUUGGUGUUCAGCUUAAAGCUGGAUAAUGGACACAAGCUACUUUGCCCGUGGGUUGACAAUGCCUGUGAUGAGACACUAGCGCAGUUUCCACCUACACAAUCUGCUGAUUUGGUAGAGAAUUACCAGAGACGAUGUUCUGCGCUAUUGCAGCUUUUUGCUCUUCCAAUGAUUUCAUCCUCAGCCAUUGAUUACAUGAGAAGCCCUCUGCUGGAAAACUUCCUCGGAGUAUCUUCAACCUUGGAGUAUGGGAACAAGUCUGUUGACGUUUCUAGAAUUGAGGGAAAUGAAUUUGAAGAGGCUUCUUCCAUCUUGUAUUAUCAGGCACAAAAGCUUAUUAGUUUAUGUGGUUGGGAGCCUCGUUCACUACCUUACAUUGUUGACCUCAAGGACCUGCAAGAUCAGUCUACUAACAAUGUCAAUCCUUCGGAGUUAUCUCUUGACAAUUCUAAUGGGAAGAAUGUUAGCUUGAAUAUUUACUCUUCUGGUACCGAUGAGAUUAUGGAGACAACUAACAACCCCAUGGUAUCUGCUCGAGUACAGUGCGAUCCCAAUUCUGCAGUUUUAGAUUGCAGGCUUUGUGCAGCAACCGUUGGAUUGUGGGCUUUCUCUAAACUUCCAUGGCCUGUAGAGUUUCUCAGAUUAGUUGGAUAUUCAGAAGUCAAUGGUGAAAGUGAUGCUGUUCAUCAUAUGGAAGAUGAACAUAAUUCAAGUAACAGAAAUAUGGAAUGCUUGGUGAAUAUGGCUAAAACUGGUACCACCUCAUUGAAUGACAGACCAGCAAAUUUAAAUUUGACAAUUGCUGGGGGUCCUCCUCCAACAAAGCAAAACUUUAGGGCAACAAUAUCUUUACCAGUAAUCGGACAGGUUUUGAGAGCUCGAUUGUCAACUGAUUCUGAUUCUUUGGAUCAUCUAUGUCGUAAGGUUCAGGGGAGUUCAGAUCAUACAGGCAAGACUCUUAUUGCAACCAGUACACCAGAUUCCAUGUUGGAAAAUCCAAUAGAAAAAAUUCAAAAGGUAACACAAGGAUCCAAAUUGCCAGAUAAUGCAGAAAAUGAUGUGCUAGGUAAUUCUGCAGAAUGUUGCUUUCAAGUUGGAGACUCUUCCAUCACAACCGGAGAAGCUCAUACCCCAAUUGGAAAUGUAUUACCUAGUGACAAUGACACAUUGAUGAAAGGUGCGGCUGAAGCUUGCUUUUUGCAACAGAAUGCUGAUACAGGUACAUUAUGCAGCAAACAAGACGGCAGUGCAGUAGAGGCCAUGGUGCAGCCUGUAAACCAUAAUGUUGUGCCCAUGGUUCAGUCAGUGUCUGCUAAUUGGAAAGGAUUCUGCAUAAUCUUCCCAUCCUUCUCACGUUACAAAGAGGGUGCAUACUGUUUAGUAGUGAGUGCAGUAAAUUGUGCUAGGAGAGGAUGGAUUAAUGUUGAGAUGGAUAUCAUUGCUUGUGAAGCAUGUGGGGCGCGUCUCCUCUUUUCUACUCCAUCUUCUUGGACACAGCAACAAGGCAUGUCAUGCUUCUUUCCCCCAUCUUUGUUACCCAUGCAGUUUGAAAAAGCAGCAUUGGUGUUCAGCUUAAAGCUGGAUAAUGGACACAAGCUACUUUGCCCGUGGGUUGACAAUGCCUGUGAUGAGACACUAGCGCAGUUUCCACCUACACAAUCUGCUGAUUUGGUAGAGAAUUACCAGAGACGAUGUUCUGCGCUAUUGCAGCUUUUUGCUCUUCCAAUGAUUUCAUCCUCAGCCAUUGAUUACAUGAGAAGCCCUCUGCUGGAAAACUUCCUCGGAGUAUCUUCAACCUUGGAGUAUGGGAACAAGUCUGUUGACGUUUCUAGAAUUGAGGGAAAUGAAUUUGAAGAGGCUUCUUCCAUCUUGUAUUAUCAGGCACAAAAGCUUAUUAGUUUAUGUGGUUGGGAGCCUCGUUCACUACCUUACAUUGUUGACCUCAAGGACCUGCAAGAUCAGUCUACUAACAAUGUCAAUCCUUCGGAGUUAUCUCUUGACAAUUCUAAUGGGAAGAAUGUUAGCUUGAAUAUUUACUCUUCUGGUACCGAUGAGAUUAUGGAGACAACUAACAACCCCAUGGUAUCUGCUCGAGUACAGUGCGAUCCCAAUUCUGCAGUUUUAGAUUGCAGGCUUUGUGCAGCAACCGUUGGAUUGUGGGCUUUCUCUAAACUUCCAUGGCCUGUAGAGUUUCUCAGAUUAGUUGGAUAUUCAGAAGUCAAUGGUGAAAGUGAUGCUGUUCAUCAUAUGGAAGAUGAACAUAAUUCAAGUAACAGAAAUAUGGAAUGCUUGGUGAAUAUGGCUAAAACUGGUACCACCUCAUUGAAUGACAGACCAGCAAAUUUAAAUUUGACAAUUGCUGGGGGUCCUCCUCCAACAAAGCAAAACUUUAGGGCAACAAUAUCUUUACCAGUAAUCGGACAGGUUUUGAGAGCUCGAUUGUCAACUGAUUCUGAUUCUUUGGAUCAUCUAUGUCGUAAGGUUCAGGGGAGUUCAGAUCAUACAGGCAAGACUCUUAUUGCAACCAGUACACCAGAUUCCAUGUUGGAAAAUCCAAUAGAAAAAAUUCAAAAGGUAACACAAGGAUCCAAAUUGCCAGAUAAUGCAGAAAAUGAUGUGCUAGGUAAUUCUGCAGAAUGUUGCUUUCAAGUUGGAGACUCUUCCAUCACAACCGGAGAAGCUCAUACCCCAAUUGGAAAUGUAUUACCUAGUGACAAUGACACAUUGAUGAAAGGUGCGGCUGAAGCUUGCUUUUUGCAACAGAAUGCUGAUACAGGUACAUUAUGCAGCAAACAAGACGGCAGUGCAGUAGAGGCCAUGGUGCAGCCUGUAAACCAUAAUGUUGUGCCCAUGGGGAAGGAUCUACAGCAACCACCAUUAGCAAAAUCAAUGGAGUUUGAUCCAAUCAGGCAGCAUAGACAUUUUUGUCCCUGGAUUGUAUCAAGUGGCAACUCCGCUCCAGGAUGGCAACAAACACUCUCUGCCUUAUACCGUCAUAAGGAGUGUUCUCGGUCUUUGUCCACAGAUGCUCCAUCAUCAUCCUUGAUUGAGGUGGAUGAUCCUAUUGCUUCUAUCAAAAAGCUUUUCAUGUCUCCUGCAGAAAGAACGAAGCGUGCUCAUGGAUCACACUGA